UUUUGGGGGCAACUUAUAGAUUUCAUAAGCUUAAAAAGUUUAGUACAAAGCAGGGGAGGCAAUAUGAUGAGCAGAUUUCGCCAAGGAGUCCGCUCUACCAUUGCAAGCCCUCAAAACAUAAGAGAAAAAUAUAGAAAUCGAAAAACAUGGAUAGGAAGUUUUGCAUACUUAUUGUUUUGCAAAAUCUCAAAGUUCCACAUAAGUCUUUAUUGCCUGCAACUUUUAAAAUGUUUUUUUUUUCUUUUUAAACAAAAAUGUGUGAGUUUCAUGCAAGAAACAAAAGAUACGUAAGUAAGAAAUAAGUAGAAUUUAUAACUUCAUAUGCAUAUACGUGAUACGUUUGUUGUUGUAUGUGAUCUUUCAAAAGUUUUUAAUAAUUAUUUUAUACGUAAAUACUAUAUAAAUUUAACAAAUAUAUUAUAUAUGUUAUAGUUUUACAUUUUUAAAUCAGAUGGCGCCUUAUUACUAGUACCACAAUUAUAUCUUAAUUAGUAGACCAUCAAAUACAAAUAAAAACUGACAUAGAAUAACCCGAUCAUAAAAACGUGAUGCUGCUGCCUGUAUAGCGCAGACGCUUUGUACUUGGAAACAACAAAGAGAUUUUCUUCGGCAUCACUCGCGAGCUAACUUACUGUUAACAAAUCAUUGGAUAUAUAUAUGUAUAUAUAUAUGUGAUCUGAUUCUGAAUGAUCACAAUUUAUGACGAGAAUGGUGCGUGGAAGUUUUGUCUACUUCCGUAAACUUUGUCGUGAAAAAUUACCCAGGUGUGUUUUAGACUUAUUGUGGACUCUGCCAAACGUUGUUAUAUGGUUAGCUUUGGCAAAAUAAUGUGGCAAUAUUUUACCAAAAUAAUAAUGUGACAACAUGUACAAUUUCUUGAGAUCAAAUAUAUAAUACCAAAAGCUAUUUUUUGGUGCUGUGUAGAUUGUUAGGAGAGAGAAAGAUGCACGUGGGGGGUCUGCAACGAAACAAAACGACGAAAAGAGUACAAGGAAUAUGUUUUCAGAUAAAGAAUAAUGAUUAAAAAAAUAUCUUAUUUUUUUUAAGAAUUAUUUUCUCAUAUUUGCAAAGAGGUUGCUAAACUCGUCAACUGCAAAAUGAGAGUAUGAGCUAGCAUGUCGAUCUUUCCACACCCCCCAAAAAUACUGAUCAUGUAUUAGCUUAGAAGUGGACCAUUUUGGCUAGCUAUCAGAAACCAGCAGCAUUGGUUAGACGUUUAAAGUUGAAAACUAUAGUUUCACUGCCCUCACGUCAUAUCAUUUUCCAUACUAAAUUGUUUUGCAAAAUCUAAAAGGAUCCACAUUAGUCUUUAUUGUCUGCAUUUAAAAAAAAAAAAAAAAAGUGUGCGUGUCAUGCAAGAAACAAAAAGGUCCGUACCGAGCGCGUGCAAAAAAAAAGAUGUAUCGAGCGCGUGCCAAAAAAGAUGUAUCGAGCAAUAAAACGCGUGAGCAUGAGAGAGACAAAUGAAAGCGGUUAGUAAAACUUUUCCCUCUGAAAAGAAAAACAGAGCAAUUCUCUCUUUCGAUUGAAUCCAAAAAAGAUGAGCAACUUGAAGGAUGCGUUUGCUGAAGAAGCUGCUGGUGACUCAUCAGCAGUCAUCAUGCGUACGAGCGUGGAAGAAGCUCCACAUCCGGUGGAGGCGGAGGAAGCUGUCGCCGUCGUGAUGGCUCCAAAUCGUGUGGAGGCGGAGGAAGCUGUCGCCGGUCUCCGUGCUCUCCUUACUCCUCCAAUUCCGGUGGAGGCGGAGGAAGAUGUCGCCGUGGCUCCAGUCGCCGUGGCUCCAGUCGCCGUGGCUCCAGUCGCGGUGGCUCCCGUCGCGGUGGCUCCCGUCGCCGUGGCUCCGGUCGCCGGUAAGAAAUCUCUCUCUCUCUCUCUCUCUCUCUCUCUCUCUCUCUAAUUGGUGACUCUCUCUCUCUCUCUUUUGUUCAGCUCUUGAGGUUGUGGAUCGGAUCCACUUCAGCCGUUGAUACUAGCAUUUGGGGAGAUUGAUCCGGCUCUCCUUGCUCUCUUUGCUCCUCCAAAUCCGGUGGAGGCGGAGGAAGCUGCUGUCGCUGGUAAGAUCUCUCUCUCUGACUCUCUCUCUCUCUCUCUCUGACUCUCUCUCUCUCUUUU